AGGAUUCAGAACAAGGCUGGGCCUGCUGGAGCCUGGAGCCGUCCCCAUAGCAACCCCAGCAGCUUGCCUGAGCAAACAAAAUGGCUGAUGUGGCCUCCGGCUUGGAGGGGCUGGAUCUGGGGGCCCUGAGCCCAGAGCAGCAGGCACAGCUCAUGGAGUUCAAGAUUAACACUCGCAUUGCCAAUGAGAAGUACCUGAGGUCUCACAAAGAAGUUGAGCUGCUGCUAUCAGGAUUUCUGAGAGAAGUUAUGCUGAGAAGACCAGAGAAUAUCCCUGAGUUUGCAGCAGAACAUUUUACGGAUCCGGAGCUUCCAAUGAAGACACAGAAAAAACUAGCGGAAAUAGCAAAGCAGGUGAAUUGAGAGAGAUGUGACCCACUCUUUCCUUGCUGAAGCAGGAUAGAAAUUUAGGAGAUUUUUUUUUAAUGAUUCUUAGAUUUAUCCUCCAGAUUCUCUGGAAUGUGUUUAUUUUUAUUUUGAAGGCUUUGCAAUAUGGCUAAUAAUUCUCAGUUGUAUAGUGUCCUCUGGAGGCAGAGAGAGAGAUUGCAGCAAUGUGUGUUGCUGGUGAUGUUUCAUGCUUUACAGCUGUAUGUUCCGAUGGCAUCAUUAAAAUAGAUCUGCUGGUCAACCCUGUU